AUGGGUCACCAAGCUUGCUUUCACUACAAUGAUUUCAGAAAUGCAAAAUGUCCUCCUAAACUGGAACGUGAAUCCUUUUAUUUCCAGAAAAACAUCACCCUCAUCAGAAAUGCAGGUGUACGAGACACCAUCUUGAACCUGACCUUGACAGCCCUUGCUCCUAAAUUUAAAGAAUUUGACCCUGAAGACUUUGAGCAGUGGUUCCAGGUCAACUUGUUUCCUGUGUUGGCGAGCCUCCACCCUGGCAGCUUGGUGGUGAUACCCAGUAACAUCAGCUGUGCAUCCUACGCAGCUAUAUCACAAGUCAAACUGUCUGUUGGCAAUUCCUCUGAAGCCCUGUGCAAUUUAAGCAUCACUGAACAUGCCUGUACCUUGGCUACAAAUCUCACAGCCAGCAACUUGGUCACACUGAUGAACUGCUCACUGGAAAGCCAAAGGUCUUACCCCGUUGAGGUCUGGAAGCUUUUCUUCAAGGAAACUUCUCCGGCACUAGACCAGGCUCUUGUGACAUACGCCAGCAUGGCCCCCAACAACAGCAACCCGUCAUUGUCACAUGCGCUUGAGGCUCUUGGGGAGAUAAGAAUUGCCAACUUCAGCCAGGCACAACUGCAGAAUGAGGACUUUGUAAACAGCUGGUUCCAGACAAAGAUUCGUCCGUUUCUGGCCUCUCCAUCCCCCAACUUCCUAUUCUGCCUAAGCUCCAAGAACUUGAGCUGCAAGACGUACCAGACUGUCAUCCAGGCAUUCAACAGCCAAAAGGCAUUCAUGGAAAGAGAAAGAAAGUCAGCAGUCUUCACUCAUUUCAUCAAGCCCUUCCUUUCAAGAAAUGACUCAUCAGAUCCUGGCUGUGUCUCAUUGAUCAACGGUAGUGGAGAGUGGGUACAGGUAAACUUUGGCAGCUUCUCUCGUUUCGCAACCCUGCAGGAUCUGCAAGCCCUCAAUGCCAACUUCUCCAGUGCCGGAUCGUUGUCUGUGCUCACUCCUACUCAGGUGGCACAGUUCACACUGAGCUCAGGCGCUUUGAAUGACACAGACCAAAUAGACCAUGUGUUUGAGGUUCUCGAGGAUGGUGAUGCUCUGGAAAAUGUGAAUGAAUUCCUGACACAGUUGACAGCAAGUGGAAAGUGUGAGUGGGAUGGCCAAAGCUUCCCCUGCGUUGGCGUUGCAAAGAAAAAAGAAAUCACAGAAGUUCUGAUUGGCUACCUGAAUAGAUCUGCCAGUGUCAUCAACAAGCCAGUUUGCAGGCAGGGAAUUCACAGUGAUGCAGAAUGGCUUGAAGCAAACCUGGGUUCCUUUUCCCAAUACACAUCAUACUCUGAACUCAAAGUCUUCAACCUCUCUGGAGUGGCAGUUGUGGACUCCCUCUCACCAAACCAGACGGCUGAGCUGCUCCUGGAUCAAGACAGCAGCAUUUUGGAGAAUAAGACCCUCGUAACGAAAGUGUUGAAGAAAUUGACAAAGGACCCUGAAGAUAAGCAGUUGGCGAUGUUUUUCCAGGCCUUUGCUUUGAUGUCCAAGCAGAAAAACAUCACCCUCAUCAGAAAUGCAGGUGUACGAGACACCAUCUUGAACCUGACCUUGACAGCCCUUGCUCCUAAAUUUAAAGAAUUUGACCCUGAAGACUUUGAGCAGUGGUUCCAGGUCAACUUGUUUCCUGUGUUGGCGAGCCUCCACCCUGGCAGCUUGGUGGUGAUACCCAGUAACAUCAGCUGUGCAUCCUACGCAGCUAUACUCACUGGUCUUCGGCAAAAUGUGGAAUCCCUGGAACUGCAGGAUUCACACAGUUUGAGAUCAAGCAUAAAGUAUCUCAAGGAGACAUUUCCACGUUGCUCAGUUCCAGAUUCCUUCAUGUGCAAGGAGACCCCGGUUAAUGAGGACCUCAUCUGUGCUGCAGUUAAUAGAUCACAAGUCAAACUGUCUGUUGGCAAUUCCUCUGAAGCCCUGUGCAAUUUAAGCAUCACUGAACAUGCCUGUACCUUGGCUACAAAUCUCACAGCCAGCAACUUGGUCACACUGAUGAACUGCUCACUGGAAAGCCAAAGGUCUUACCCCGUUGAGGUCUGGAAGCUUUUCUUCAAGGAAACUUCUCCGGCACUAGACCAGGCUCUUGUGACAUACGCCAGCAUGGCCCCCAACAACAGCAACCCGUCAUUGUCACAUGCGCUUGAGGCUCUUGGGGAGAUAAGAAUUGCCAACUUCAGCCAGGCACAACUGCAGAAUGAGGACUUUGUAAACAGCUGGUUCCAGACAAAGAUUCGUCCGUUUCUGGCCUCUCCAUCCCCCAACUUCCUAUUCUGCCUAAGCUCCAAGAACUUGAGCUGCAAGACGUACCAGACUGUCAUCCAGGCAUUCAACAGCCAAAAGGCAUUCAUGGAAAGAGAAAGAAAGUCAGCAGUCUUCACUCAUUUCAUCAAGCCCUUCCUUUCAAGAAAUGACUCAUCAGAUCCUGGCUGUGUCUCAUUGAUCAACGGUAGUGGAGAGUGGGUACAGGUAAACUUUGGCAGCUUCUCUCGUUUCGCAACCCUGCAGGAUCUGCAAGCCCUCAAUGCCAACUUCUCCAGUGCCGGAUCGUUGUCUGUGCUCACUCCUACUCAGGUGGCACAGUUCACACUGAGCUCAGGCGCUUUGAAUGACACAGACCAAAUAGACCAUGUGUUUGAGGUUCUCGAGGAUGGUGAUGCUCUGGAAAAUGUGAAUGAAUUCCUGACACAGUUGACAGCAAGUGGAAAGGUCCCUGAUUUCCAACCUGCUGUGAGAGAUCGUGCGAUGAAUAGGACCUUCAACAUCAUCAGUCCGCAUUUCCUACGAUUCAACAGAGAAGACUGGUUUUCUUGGUUCCAUCUGAUACUGAAGUCGAUCCUCCCAAGUUUCAGCCCAAUGAUGCUCAAGAAUGCAACUGCAAAUAUAAACUGCACAAACUACCAUGUCGUUGUGAGUGGGAUGGCCAAAGCUUCCCCUGCGUUGGCGUUGCAAAGAAAAAAAGAAAUCACAGAAGUUCUGAUUGGCUACCUGAAUAGAUCUGCCAGUGUCAUCAACAAGCCAGUUUGCAGGCAGGGAAUUCACAGUGAUGCAGAAUGGCUUGAAGCAAACCUGGGUUCCUUUUCCCAAUACACAUCAUACUCUGAACUCAAAGUCUUCAACCUCUCUGGAGUGGCAGUUGUGGACUCCCUCUCACCAAACCAGACGGCUGAGCUGCUCCUGGAUCAAGACAGCAGCAUUUUGGAGAAUAAGACCCUCGUAACGAAAGUGUUGAAGAAAUUGACAAAGGACCCUGAAGAUAAGCAGUUGGCGAUGUUUUUCCAGGCCUUUGCUUUGAUGUCCAAGCAGAAAAACAUCACCCUCAUCAGAAAUGCAGGUGUACGAGACACCAUCUUGAACCUGACCUUGACAGCCCUUGCUCCUAAAUUUAAAGAAUUUGACCCUGAAGACUUUGAGCAGUGGUUCCAGGUCAACUUGUUUCCUGUGUUGGCGAGCCUCCACCCUGGCAGCUUGGUGGUGAUACCCAGUAACAUCAGCUGUGCAUCCUACGCAGCUAUACUCACUGGUCUUCGGCAAAAUGUGGAAUCCCUGGAACUGCAGGAUUCACACAGUUUGAGAUCAAGCAUAAAGUAUCUCAAGGAGACAUUUCCACGUUGCUCAGUUCCAGAUUCCUUCAUGUGCAAGGAGACCCCGGUUAAUGAGGACCUCAUCUGUGCUGCAGUUAAUAGAUCACAAGUCAAACUGUCUGUUGGCAAUUCCUCUGAAGCCCUGUGCAAUUUAAGCAUCACUGAACAUGCCUGUACCUUGGCUACAAAUCUCACAGCCAGCAACUUGGUCACACUGAUGAACUGCUCACUGGAAAACCAAAGGUCUUACCCCGUUGAGGUCUGGAAGCUUUUCUUCAAGGAAACUUCUCCGGCACUAGACCAGGCUCUUGUGACAUACGCCAGCAUGGCCCCCAACAACAGCAACCCGUCAUUGUCACAUGCGCUUGAGGCUCUUGGGGAGAUAAGAAUUGCCAACUUCAGCCAGGCACAACUGCAGAAUGAGGACUUUGUAAACAGCUGGUUCCAGACAAAGAUUCGUCCGUUUCUGGCCUCUCCAUCCCCCAACUUCCUAUUCUGCCUAAGCUCCAAGAACUUGAGCUGCAAGACGUACCAGACUGUCAUCCAGGCAUUCAACAGCCAAAAGGCAUUCAUGGAAAGAGAAAGAAAGUCAGCAGUCUUCACUCAUUUCAUCAAGCCCUUCCUUUCAAGAAAUGACUCAUCAGAUCCUGGCUGUGUCUCAUUGAUCAACGGUAGUGGAGAGUGGGUACAGGUAAACUUUGGCAGCUUCUCUCGUUUCGCAACCCUGCAGGAUCUGCAAGCCCUCAAUGCCAACUUCUCCAGUGCCGGAUCGUUGUCUGUGCUCACUCCUACUCAGGUGGCACAGUUCACACUGAGCUCAGGCGCUUUGAAUGACACAGACCAAAUAGACCAUGUGUUUGAGGUUCUCGAGGAUGGUGAUGCUCUGGAAAAUGUGAAUGAAUUCCUGACACAGUUGACAGCAAGUGGAAAGGUCCCUGAUUUCCAACCUGCUGUGAGAGAUCGUGCGAUGAAUAGGACCUUCAACAUCAUCAGUCCGCAUUUCCUACGAUUCAACAGAGAAGACUGGUUUUCUUGGUUCCAUCUGAUACUGAAGUCGAUCCUCCCAAGUUUCAGCCCAAUGAUGCUCAAGAAUGCAACUGCAAAUAUAAACUGCACAAACUACCAUGUCGUUGUGAGUGGGAUGGCCAAAGCUUCCCCUGCGUUGGCGUUGCAAAGAAAAAAAGAAAUCACAGAAGUUCUGAUUGGCUACCUGAAUAGAUCUGCCAGUGUCAUCAACAAGCCAGUUUGCAGGCAGGGAAUUCACAGUGAUGCAGAAUGGCUUGAAGCAAACCUGGGUUCCUUUUCCCAAUACACAUCAUACUCUGAACUCAAAGUCUUCAACCUCUCUGGAGUGGCAGUUGUGGACUCCCUCUCACCAAACCAGACGGCUGAGCUGCUCCUGGAUCAAGACAGCAGCAUUUUGGAGAAUAAGACCCUCGUAACGAAAGUGUUGAAGAAAUUGACAAAGGACCCUGAAGAUAAGCAGUUGGCGAUGUUUUUCCAGGCCUUUGCUUUGAUGUCCAAGCAGAAAAACAUCACCCUCAUCAGAAAUGCAGGUGUACGAGACACCAUCUUGAACCUGACCUUGACAGCCCUUGCUCCUAAAUUUAAAGAAUUUGACCCUGAAGACUUUGAGCAGUGGUUCCAGGUCAACUUGUUUCCUGUGUUGGCGAGCCUCCACCCUGGCAGCUUGGUGGUGAUACCCAGUAACAUCAGCUGUGCAUCCUACGCAGCUAUACUCACUGGUCUUCGGCAAAAUGUGGAAUCCCUGGAACUGCAGGAUUCACACAGUUUGAGAUCAAGCAUAAAGUAUCUCAAGGAGACAUUUCCACGUUGCUCAGUUCCAGAUUCCUUCAUGUGCAAGGAGACCCCGGUUAAUGAGGACCUCAUCUGUGCUGCAGUUAAUAGAUCACAAGUCAAACUGUCUGUUGGCAAUUCCUCUGAAGCCCUGUGCAAUUUAAGCAUCACUGAACAUGCCUGUACCUUGGCUACAAAUCUCACAGCCAGCAACUUGGUCACACUGAUGAACUGCUCACUGGAAAGCCAAAGGUCUUACCCCGUUGAGGUCUGGAAGCUUUUCUUCAAGGAAACUUCUCCGGCACUAGACCAGGCUCUUGUGACAUACGCCAGCAUGGCCCCCAACAACAGCAACCCGUCAUUGUCACAUGCGCUUGAGGCUCUUGGGGAGAUAAGAAUUGCCAACUUCAGCCAGGCACAACUGCAGAAUGAGGACUUUGUAAACAGCUGGUUCCAGACAAAGAUUCGUCCGUUUCUGGCCUCUCCAUCCCCCAACUUCCUAUUCUGCCUAAGCUCCAAGAACUUGAGCUGCAAGACGUACCAGACUGUCAUCCAGGCAUUCAACAGCCAAAAGGCAUUCAUGGAAAGAGAAAGAAAGUCAGCAGUCUUCACUCAUUUCAUCAAGCCCUUCCUUUCAAGAAAUGACUCAUCAGAUCCUGGCUGUGUCUCAUUGAUCAACGGUAGUGGAGAGUGGGUACAGGUAAACUUUGGCAGCUUCUCUCGUUUCGCAACCCUGCAGGAUCUGCAAGCCCUCAAUGCCAACUUCUCCAGUGCCGGAUCGUUGUCUGUGCUCACUCCUACUCAGGUGGCACAGUUCACACUGAGCUCAGGCGCUUUGAAUGACACAGACCAAAUAGACCAUGUGUUUGAGGUUCUCGAGGAUGGUGAUGCUCUGGAAAAUGUGAAUGAAUUCCUGACACAGUUGACAGCAAGUGGAAAGGUCCCUGAUUUCCAACCUGCUGUGAGAGAUCGUGCGAUGAAUAGGACCUUCAACAUCAUCAGUCCGCAUUUCCUACGAUUCAACAGAGAAGACUGGUUUUCUUGGUUCCAUCUGAUACUGAAGUCGAUCCUCCCAAGUUUCAGCCCAAUGAUGCUCAAGAAUGCAACUGCAAAUAUAAACUGCACAAACUACCAUGUCGUUGUGAGUGGGAUGGCCAAAGCUUCCCCUGCGUUGGCGUUGCAAAGAAAAAAAGAAAUCACAGAAGUUCUGAUUGGCUACCUGAAUAGAUCUGCCAGUGUCAUCAACAAGCCAGUUUGCAGGCAGGGAAUUCACAGUGAUGCAGAAUGGCUUGAAGCAAACCUGGGUUCCUUUUCCCAAUACACAUCAUACUCUGAACUCAAAGUCUUCAACCUCUCUGGAGUGGCAGUUGUGGACUCCCUCUCACCAAACCAGACGGCUGAGCUGCUCCUGGAUCAAGACAGCAGCAUUUUGGAGAAUAAGACCCUCGUAACGAAAGUGUUGAAGAAAUUGACAAAGGACCCUGAAGAUAAGCAGUUGGCGAUGUUUUUCCAGGCCUUUGCUUUGAUGUCCAAGCAGAAAAACAUCACCCUCAUCAGAAAUGCAGGUGUACGAGACACCAUCUUGAACCUGACCUUGACAGCCCUUGCUCCUAAAUUUAAAGAAUUUGACCCUGAAAACUUUGAGCAGUGGUUCCAGGUCAACUUGUUUCCUGUGUUGGCGAGCCUCCACCCUGGCAGCUUGGUGGUGAUACCCAGUAACAUCAGCUGUGCAUCCUACGCAGCUAUACUCACUGGUCUUCGGCAAAAUGUGGAAUCCCUGGAACUGCAGGAUUCACACAGUUUGAGAUCAAGCAUAAAGUAUCUCAAGGAGACAUUUCCACGUUGCUCAGUUCCAGAUUCCUUCAUGUGCAAGGAGACCCCGGUUAAUGAGGACCUCAUCUGUGCUGCAGUUAAUAGAUCACAAGUCAAACUGUCUGUUGGCAAUUCCUCUGAAGCCCUGUGCAAUUUAAGCAUCACUGAACAUGCCUGUACCUUGGCUACAAAUCUCACAGCCAGCAACUUGGUCACACUGAUGAACUGCUCACUGGAAAGCCAAAGGUCUUACCCCGUUGAGGUCUGGAAGCUUUUCUUCAAGGAAACUUCUCCGGCACUAGACCAGGCUCUUGUGACAUACGCCAGCAUGGCCCCCAACAACAGCAACCCGUCAUUGUCACAUGCGCUUGAGGCUCUUGGGGAGAUAAGAAUUGCCAACUUCAGCCAGGCACAACUGCAGAAUGAGGACUUUGUAAACAGCUGGUUCCAGACAAAGAUUCGUCCAUUUCUGGCCUCUCCAUCCCCCAACUUCCUAUUCUGCCUAAGCUCCAAGAACUUGAGCUGCAAGACGUACCAGACUGUCAUCCAGGCAUUCAACAGCCAAAAGGCAUUCAUGGAAAGAGAAAGAAAGUCAGCAGUCUUCACUCAUUUCAUCAAGCCCUUCCUUUCAAGAAAUGACUCAUCAGAUCCUGGCUGUGUCUCAUUGAUCAACGGUAGUGGAGAGUGGGUACAGGUAAACUUUGGCAGCUUCUCUCGUUUCGCAACCCUGCAGGAUCUGCAAGCCCUCAAUGCCAACUUCUCCAGUGCCGGAUCGUUGUCUGUGCUCACUCCUACUCAGGUGGCACAGUUCACACUGAGCUCAGGCGCUUUGAAUGACACAGACCAAAUAGACCAUGUGUUUGAGGUUCUCGAGGAUGGUGAUGCUCUGGAAAAUGUGAAUGAAUUCCUGACACAGUUGACAGCAAGUGGAAAGGUCCCUGAUUUCCAACCUGCUGUGAGAGAUCGUGCGAUGAAUAGGACCUUCAACAUCAUCAGUCCGCAUUUCCUACGAUUCAACAGAGAAGACUGGUUUUCUUGGUUCCAUCUGAUACUGAAGUCGAUCCUCCCAAGUUUCAGCCCAAUGAUGCUCAAGAAUGCAACUGCAAAUAUAAACUGCACAAACUACCAUGUCGUUGUGAGUGGGAUGGCCAAAGCUUCCCCUGCUUUGGCGUUGCAAAGAAAAAAAGAAAUCACAGAAGUUCUGAUUGGCUACCUGAAUAGAUCUGCCAGUGUCAUCAACAAGCCAGUUUGCAGGCAGGGAAUUCACAGUGAUGCAGAAUGGCUUGAAGCAAACCUGGGUUCCUUUUCCCAAUACACAUCAUACUCUGAACUCAAAGUCUUCAACCUCUCUGGAGUGGCAGUUGUGGACUCCCUCUCACCAAACCAGACGGCUGAGCUGCUCCUGGAUCAAGACAGCAGCAUUUUGGAGAAUAAGACCCUCGUAACGAAAGUGUUGAAGAAAUUGACAAAGGACCCUGAAGAUAAGCAGUUGGCGAUGUUUUUCCAGGCCUUUGCUUUGAUGUCCAAGCAGAAAAACAUCACCCUCAUCAGAAAUGCAGGUGUACGAGACACCAUCUUGAACCUGACCUUGACAGCCCUUGCUCCUAAAUUUAAAGAAUUUGACCCUGAAGACUUUGAGCAGUGGUUCCAGGUCAACUUGUUUCCUGUGUUGGCGAGCCUCCACCCUGGCAGCUUGGUGGUGAUACCCAGUAACAUCAGCUGUGCAUCCUACGCAGCUAUACUCACUGGUCUUCGGCAAAAUGUGGAAUCCCUGGAACUGCAGGAUUCACACAGUUUGAGAUCAAGCAUAAAGUAUCUCAAGGAGACAUUUCCACGUUGCUCAGUUCCAGAUUCCUUCAUGUGCAAGGAGACCCCGGUUAAUGAGGACCUCAUCUGUGCUGCAGUUAAUAGAUCACAAGUCAAACUGUCUGUUGGCAAUUCCUCUGAAGCCCUGUGCAAUUUAAGCAUCACUGAACAUGCCUGUACCUUGGCUACAAAUCUCACAGCCAGCAACUUGGUCACACUGAUGAACUGCUCACUGGAAAGCCAAAGGUCUUACCCCGUUGAGGUCUGGAAGCUUUUCUUCAAGGAAACUUCUCCGGCACUAGACCAGGCUCUUGUGACAUACGCCAGCAUGGCCCCCAAUAACAGCAACCCGUCAUUGUCACAUGCGCUUGAGGCUCUUGGGGAGAUAAGAAUUGCCAACUUCAGCCAGGCACAACUGCAGAAUGAGGACUUUGUAAACAGCUGGUUCCAGACAAAGAUUCGUCCGUUUCUGGCCUCUCCAUCCCCCAACUUCCUAUUCUGCCUAAGCUCCAAGAACUUGAGCUGCAAGACGUACCAGACUGUCAUCCAGGCAUUCAACAGCCAAAAGGCAUUCAUGGAAAGAGAAAGAAAGUCAGCAGUCUUCACUCAUUUCAUCAAGCCCUUCCUUUCAAGAAAUGACUCAUCAGAUCCUGGCUGUGUCUCAUUGAUCAACGGUAGUGGAGAGUGGGUACAGGUAAACUUUGGCAGCUUCUCUCGUUUCGCAACCCUGCAGGAUCUGCAAGCCCUCAAUGCCAACUUCUCCAGUGCCGGAUCGUUGUCUGUGCUCACUCCUACUCAGGUGGCACAGUUCACACUGAGCUCAGGCGCUUUGAAUGACACAGACCAAAUAGACCAUGUGUUUGAGGUUCUCGAGGAUGGUGAUGCUCUGGAAAAUGUGAAUGAAUUCCUGACACAGUUGACAGCAAGUGGAAAGGUCCCUGAUUUCCAACCUGCUGUGAGAGAUCGUGCGAUGAAUAGGACCUUCAACAUCAUCAGUCCGCAUUUCCUACGAUUCAACAGAGAAGACUGGUUUUCUUGGUUCCAUCUGAUACUGAAGUCGAUCCUCCCAAGUUUCAGCCCAAUGAUGCUCAAGAAUGCAACUGCAAAUAUAAACUGCACAAACUACCAUGUCGUUGUGAGUGGGAUGGCCAAAGCUUCCCCUGCGUUGGCGUUGCAAAGAAAAAAAGAAAUCACAGAAGUUCUGAUUGGCUACCUGAAUAGAUCUGCCAGUGUCAUCAACAAGCCAGUUUGCAGGCAGGGAAUUCACAGUGAUGCAGAAUGGCUUGAAGCAAAUCUGGGUUCCUUUUCCCAAUACACAUCAUACUCUGAACUCAAAGUCUUCAACCUCUCUGGAGUGGCAGUUGUGGACUCCCUCUCACCAAACCAGACGGCUGAGCUGCUCCUGGAUCAAGACAGCAGCAUUUUGGAGAAUAAGACCCUCGUAACGAAAGUGUUGAAGAAAUUGAUAAAGGACCCUGAAGAUAAGCAGUUGGCGAUGUUUUUCCAGGCCUUUGCUUUGAUGUCCAAGCAGAAAAACAUCACCCUCAUCAGAAAUGCAGGUGUACGAGACACCAUCUUGAACCUGACCUUGACAGCCCUUGCUCCUAAAUUUAAAGAAUUUGACCCUGAAGACUUUGAGCAGUGGUUCCAGGUCAACUUGUUUCCUGUGUUGGCGAGCCUCCACCCUGGCAGCUUGGUGGUGAUACCCAGUAACAUCAGCUGUGCAUCCUACGCAGCUAUACUCACUGGUCUUCGGCAAAAUGUGGAAUCCCUGGAACUGCAGGAUUCACACAGUUUGAGAUCAAGCAUAAAGUAUCUCAAGGAGACAUUUCCACGUUGCUCAGUUCCAGAUUCCUUCAUGUGCAAGGAGACCCCGGUUAAUGAGGACCUCAUCUGUGCUGCAGUUAAUAGAUCACAAGUCAAACUGUCUGUUGGCAAUUCCUCUGAAGCCCUGUGCAAUUUAAGCAUCACUGAACAUGCCUGUACCUUGGCUACAAAUCUCACAGCCAGCAACUUGGUCACACUAAUGAACUGCUCACUGGAAAGCCAAAGGUCUUACCCCGUUGAGGUCUGGAAGCUUUUCUUCAAGGAAACUUCUCCGGCACUAGACCAGGCUCUUGUGACAUACGCCAGCAUGGCCCCCAAUAACAGCAACCCGUCAUUGUCACAUGCGCUUGAGGCUCUUGGGGAGAUAAGAAUUGCCAACUUCAGCCAGGCACAACUGCAGAAUGAGGACUUUGUAAACAGCUGGUUCCAGACAAAGAUUCGUCCGUUUCUGGCCUCUCCAUCCCCCAACUUCCUAUUCUGCCUAAGCUCCAAGAACUUGAGCUGCAAGACGUACCAGACUGUCAUCCAGGCAUUCAACAGCCAAAAGGCAUUCAUGGAAAGAGAAAGAAAGUCAGCAGUCUUCACUCAUUUCAUCAAGCCCUUCCUUUCAAGAAAUGACUCAUCAGAUCCUGGCUGUGUCUCAUUGAUCAACGGUAGUGGAGAGUGGGUACAGGUAAACUUUGGCAGCUUCUCUCGUUUCGCAACCCUGCAGGAUCUGCAAGCCCUCAAUGCCAACUUCUCCAGUGCCGGAUCGUUGUCUGUGCUCACUCCUACUCAGGUGGCACAGUUCACACUGAGCUCAGGCGCUUUGAAUGACACAGACCAAAUAGACCAUGUGUUUGAGGUUCUCGAGGAUGGUGAUGCUCUGGAAAAUGUGAAUGAAUUCCUGACACAGUUGACAGCAAGUGGAAAGGUCCCUGAUUUCCAACCUGCUGUGAGAGAUCGUGCGAUGAAUAGGACCUUCAACAUCAUCAGUCCGCAUUUCCUACGAUUCAACAGAGAAGACUGGUUUUCUUGGUUCCAUCUGAUACUGAAGUCGAUCCUCCCAAGUUUCAGCCCAAUGAUGCUCAAGAAUGCAACUGCAAAUAUAAACUGCACAAACUACCAUGUCGUUGUGAGUGGGAUGGCCAAAGCUUCCCCUGCGUUGGCGUUGCAAAGAAAAAAAGAAAUCACAGAAGUUCUGAUUGGCUACCUGAAUAGAUCUGCCAGUGUCAUCAACAAGCCAGUUUGCAGGCAGGGAAUUCACAGUGAUGCAGAAUGGCUUGAAGCAAACCUGGGUUCCUUUUCCCAAUACACAUCAUACUCUGAACUCAAAGUCUUCAACCUCUCUGGAGUGGCAGUUGUGGACUCCCUCUCACCAAACCAGACGGCUGAGCUGCUCCUGGAUCAAGACAGCAGCAUUUUGGAGAAUAAGACCCUCGUAACGAAAGUGUUGAAGAAAUUGACAAAGGACCCUGAAGAUAAGCAGUUGGCGAUGUUUUUCCAGGCCUUUGCUUUGAUGUCCAAGCAGAAAAACAUCACCCUCAUCAGAAAUGCAGGUGUACGAGACACCAUCUUGAACCUGACCUUGACAGCCCUUGCUCCUAAAUUUAAAGAAUUUGACCCUGAAGACUUUGAGCAGUGGUUCCAGGUCAACUUGUUUCCUGUGUUGGCGAGCCUCCACCCUGGCAGCUUGGUGGUGAUACCCAGUAACAUCAGCUGUGCAUCCUACGCAGCUAUACUCACUGGUCUUCGGCAAAAUGUGGAAUCCCUGGAACUGCAGGAUUCACACAGUUUGAGAUCAAGCAUAAAGUAUCUCAAAGAGACAUUUCCACGUUGCUCAGUUCCAGAUUCCUUCAUGUGCAAGGAGACCCCGGUUAAUGAGGACCUCAUCUGUGCUGCAGUUAAUAGAUCACAAGUCAAACUGUCUGUUGGCAAUUCCUCUGAAGCCCUGUGCAAUUUAAGCAUCACUGAACAUGCCUGUACCUUGGCUACAAAUCUCACAGCCAGCAACUUGGUCACACUGAUGAACUGCUCACUGGAAAGCCAAAGGUCUUACCCCGUUGAGGUCUGGAAGCUUUUCUUCAAGGAAACUUCUCCGGCACUAGACCAGGCUCUUGUGACAUACGCCAGCAUGGCCCCCAACAACAGCAACCCGUCAUUGUCACAUGCGCUUGAGGCUCUUGGGGAGAUAAGAAUUGCCAACUUCAGCCAGGCACAACUGCAGAAUGAGGACUUUGUAAACAGCUGGUUCCAGACAAAGAUUCGUCCGUUUCUGGCCUCUCCAUCCCCCAACUUCCUAUUCUGCCUAAGCUCCAAGAACUUGAGCUGCAAGACGUACCAGACUGUCAUCCAGGCAUUCAACAGCCAAAAGGCAUUCAUGGAAAGAGAAAGAAAGUCAGCAGUCUUCACUCAUUUCAUCAAGCCCUUCCUUUCAAGAAAUGACUCAUCAGAUCCUGGCUGUGUCUCAUUGAUCAACGGUAGUGGAGAGUGGGUACAGGUAAACUUUGGCAGCUUCUCUCGUUUCGCAACCCUGCAGGAUCUGCAAGCCCUCAAUGCCAACUUCUCCAGUGCCGGAUCGUUGUCUGUGCUCACUCCUACUCAGGUGGCACAGUUCACACUGAGCUCAGGCGCUUUGAAUGACACAGACCAAAUAGACCAUGUGUUUGAGGUUCUCGAGGAUGGUGAUGCUCUGGAAAAUGUGAAUGAAUUCCUGACACAGUUGACAGCAAGUGGAAAGGUCCCUGAUUUCCAACCUGCUGUGAGAGAUCGUGCGAUGAAUAGGACCUUCAACAUCAUCAGUCCGCAUUUCCUACGAUUCAACAGAGAAGACUGGUUUUCUUGGUUCCAUCUGAUACUGAAGUCGAUCCUCCCAAGUUUCAGCCCAAUGAUGCUCAAGAAUGCAACUGCAAAUAUAAACUGCACAAACUACCAUGUCGUUGUGAGUGGGAUGGCCAAAGCUUCCCCUGCGUUGGCGUUGCAAAGAAAAAAAGAAAUCACAGAAGUUCUGAUUGGCUACCUGAAUAGAUCUGCCAGUGUCAUCAACAAGCCAGUUUGCAGGCAGGGAAUUCACAGUGAUGCAGAAUGGCUUGAAGCAAACCUGGGUUCCUUUUCCCAAUACACAUCAUACUCUGAACUCAAAGUCUUCAACCUCUCUGGAGUGGCAGUUGUGGACUCCCUCUCACCAAACCAGACGGCUGAGCUGCUCCUGGAUCAAGACAGCAGCAUUUUGGAGAAUAAGACCCUCGUAACGAAAGUGUUGAAGAAAUUGACAAAGGACCCUGAAGAUAAGCAGUUGGCGAUGUUUUUCCAGGCCUUUGCUUUGAUGUCCAAGCAGAAAAACAUCACCCUCAUCAGAAAUGCAGGUGUACGAGACACCAUCUUGAACCUGACCUUGACAGCCCUUGCUCCUAAAUUUAAAGAAUUUGACCCUGAAGACUUUGAGCAGUGGUUCCAGGUCAACUUGUUUCCUGUGUUGGCGAGCCUCCACCCUGGCAGCUUGGUGGUGAUACCCAGUAACAUCAGCUGUGCAUCCUACGCAGCUAUACUCACUGGUCUUCGGCAAAAUGUGGAAUCCCUGGAACUGCAGGAUUCACACAGUUUGAGAUCAAGCAUAAAGUAUCUCAAGGAGACAUUUCCACGUUGCUCAGUUCCAGAUUCCUUCAUGUGCAAGGAGACCCCGGUUAAUGAGGACCUCAUCUGUGCUGCAGUUAAUAGAUCACAAGUCAAACUGUCUGUUGGCAAUUCCUCUGAAGCCCUGUGCAAUUUAAGCAUCACUGAACAUGCCUGUACCUUGGCUACAAAUCUCACAGCCAGCAACUUGGUCACACUGAUGAACUGCUCACUGGAAAGCCAAAGGUCUUACCCCGUUGAGGUCUGGAAGCUUUUCUUCAAGGAAACUUCUCCGGCACUAGACCAGGCUCUUGUGACAUACGCCAGCAUGGCCCCCAACAACAGCAACCCGUCAUUGUCACAUGCGCUUGAGGCUCUUGGGGAGAUAAGAAUUGCCAACUUCAGCCAGGCACAACUGCAGAAUGAGGACUUUGUAAACAGCUGGUUCCAGACAAAGAUUCGUCCGUUUCUGGCCUCUCCAUCCCCCAACUUCCUAUUCUGCCUAAGCUCCAAGAACUUGAGCUGCAAGACGUACCAGACUGUCAUCCAGGCAUUCAACAGCCAAAAGGCAUUCAUGGAAAGAGAAAGAAAGUCAGCAGUCUUCACUCAUUUCAUCAAGCCCUUCCUUUCAAGAAAUGACUCAUCAGAUCCUGGCUGUGUCUCAUUGAUCAACGGUAGUGGAGAGUGGGUACAGGUAAACUUUGGCAGCUUCUCUCGUUUCGCAACCCUGCAGGAUCUGCAAGCCCUCAAUGCCAACUUCUCCAGUGCCGGAUCGUUGUCUGUGCUCACUCCUACUCAGGUGGCACAGUUCACACUGAGCUCAGGCGCUUUGAAUGACACAGACCAAAUAGACCAUGUGUUUGAGGUUCUCGAGGAUGGUGAUGCUCUGGAAAAUGUGAAUGAAUUCCUGACACAGUUGACAGCAAGUGGAAAGGUCCCUGAUUUCCAACCUGCUGUGAGAGAUCGUGCGAUGAAUAGGACCUUCAACAUCAUCAGUCCGCAUUUCCUACGAUUCAACAGAGAAGACUGGUUUUCUUGGUUCCAUCUGAUACUGAAGUCGAUCCUCCCAAGUUUCAGCCCAAUGAUGCUCAAGAAUGCAACUGCAAAUAUAAACUGCACAAACUACCAUGUCGUUGUGAGUGGGAUGGCCAAAGCUUCCCCUGCGUUGGCGUUGCAAAGAAAAAAAGAAAUCACAGAAGUUCUGAUUGGCUACCUGAAUAGAUCUGCCAGUGUCAUCAACAAGCCAGUUUGCAGGCAGGGAAUUCACAGUGAUGCAGAAUGGCUUGAAGCAAACCUGGGUUCCUUUUCCCAAUACACAUCAUACUCUGAACUCAAAGUCUUCAACCUCUCUGGAGUGGCAGUUGUGGACUCCCUCUCACCAAACCAGACGGCUGAGCUGCUCCUGGAUCAAGACAGCAGCAUUUUGGAGAAUAAGACCCUCGUAACGAAAGUGUUGAAGAAAUUGACAAAGGACCCUGAAGAUAAGCAGUUGGCGAUGUUUUUCCAGGCCUUUGCUUUGAUGUCCAAGCAGAAAAACAUCACCCUCAUCAGAAAUGCAGGUGUACGAGACACCAUCUUGAACCUGACCUUGACAGCCCUUGCUCCUAAAUUUAAAGAAUUUGACCCUGAAGACUUUGAGCAGUGGUUCCAGGUCAACUUGUUUCCUGUGUUGGCGAGCCUCCACCCUGGCAGCUUGGUGGUGAUACCCAGUAACAUCAGCUGUGCAUCCUACGCAGCUAUACUCACUGGUCUUCGGCAAAAUGUGGAAUCCCUGGAACUGCAGGAUUCACACAGUUUGAGAUCAAGCAUAAAGUAUCUCAAGGAGACAUUUCCACGUUGCUCAGUUCCAGAUUCCUUCAUGUGCAAGGAGACCCCGGUUAAUGAGGACCUCAUCUGUGCUGCAGUUAAUAGAUCACAAGUCAAACUGUCUGUUGGCAAUUCCUCUGAAGCCCUGUGCAAUUUAAGCAUCACUGAACAUGCCUGUACCUUGGCUACAAAUCUCACAGCCAGCAACUUGGUCACACUGAUGAACUGCUCACUGGAAAGCCAAAGGUCUUACCCCGUUGAGGUCUGGAAGCUUUUCUUCAAGGAAACUUCUCCGGCACUAGACCAGGCUCUUGUGACAUACGCCAGCAUGGCCCCCAACAACAGCAACCCGUCAUUGUCACAUGCGCUUGAGGCUCUUGGGGAGAUAAGAAUUGCCAACUUCAGCCAGGCACAACUGCAGAAUGAGGACUUUGUAAACAGCUGGUUCCAGACAAAGAUUCGUCCGUUUCUGGCCUCUCCAUCCCCCAACUUCCUAUUCUGCCUAAGCUCCAAGAACUUGAGCUGCAAGACGUACCAGACUGUCAUCCAGGCAUUCAACAGCCAAAAGGCAUUCAUGGAAAGAGAAAGAAAGUCAGCAGUCUUCACUCAUUUCAUCAAGCCCUUCCUUUCAAGAAAUGACUCAUCAGAUCCUGGCUGUGUCUCAUUGAUCAACGGUAGUGGAGAGUGGGUACAGGUAAACUUUGGCAGCUUCUCUCGUUUCGCAACCCUGCAGGAUCUGCAAGCCCUCAAUGCCAACUUCUCCAGUGCCGGAUCGUUGUCUGUGCUCACUCCUACUCAGGUGGCACAGUUCACACUGAGCUCAGGCGCUUUGAAUGACACAGACCAAAUAGACCAUGUGUUUGAGGUUCUCGAGGAUGGUGAUGCUCUGGAAAAUGUGAAUGAAUUCCUGACACAGUUGACAGCAAGUGGAAAGGUCCCUGAUUUCCAACCUGCUGUGAGAGAUCGUGCGAUGAAUAGGACCUUCAACAUCAUCAGUCCGCAUUUCCUACGAUUCAACAGAGAAGACUGGUUUUCUUGGUUCCAUCUGAUACUGAAGUCGAUCCUCCCAAGUUUCAGCCCAAUGAUGCUCAAGAAUGCAACUGCAAAUAUAAACUGCACAAACUACCAUGUCGUUGUGAGUGGGAUGGCCAAAGCUUCCCCUGCGUUGGCGUUGCAAAGAAAAAAAGAAAUCACAGAAGUUCUGAUUGGCUACCUGAAUAGAUCUGCCAGUGUCAUCAACAAGCCAGUUUGCAGGCAGGGAAUUCACAGUGAUGCAGAAUGGCUUGAAGCAAACCUGGGUUCCUUUUCCCAAUACACAUCAUACUCUGAACUCAAAGUCUUCAACCUCUCUGGAGUGGCAGUUGUGGACUCCCUCUCACCAAACCAGACGGCUGAGCUGCUCCUGGAUCAAGACAGCAGCAUUUUGGAGAAUAAGACCCUCGUAACGAAAGUGUUGAAGAAAUUGACAAAGGACCCUGAAGAUAAGCAGUUGGCGAUGUUUUUCCAGGCCUUUGCUUUGAUGUCCAAGCAGAAAAACAUCACCCUCAUCAGAAAUGCAGGUGUACGAGACACCAUCUUGAACCUGACCUUGACAGCCCUUGCUCCUAAAUUUAAAGAAUUUGACCCUGAAGACUUUGAGCAGUGGUUCCAGGUCAACUUGUUUCCUGUGUUGGCGAGCCUCCACCCUGGCAGCUUGGUGGUGAUACCCAGUAACAUCAGCUGUGCAUCCUACGCAGCUAUACUCACUGGUCUUCGGCAAAAUGUGGAAUCCCUGGAACUGCAGGAUUCACACAGUUUGAGAUCAAGCAUAAAGUAUCUCAAGGAGACAUUUCCACGUUGCUCAGUUCCAGAUUCCUUCAUGUGCAAGGAGACCCCGGUUAAUGAGGACCUCAUCUGUGCUGCAGUUAAUAGAUCACAAGUCAAACUGUCUGUUGGCAAUUCCUCUGAAGCCCUGUGCAAUUUAAGCAUCACUGAACAUGCCUGUACCUUGGCUACAAAUCUCACAGCCAGCAACUUGGUCACACUGAUGAACUGCUCACUGGAAAGCCAAAGGUCUUACCCCGUUGAGGUCUGGAAGCUUUUCUUCAAGGAAACUUCUCCGGCACUAGACCAGGCUCUUGUGACAUACGCCAGCAUGGCCCCCAACAACAGCAACCCGUCAUUGUCACAUGCACUUGAGGCUCUUGGGGAGAUAAGAAUUGCCAACUUCAGCCAGGCACAACUGCAGAGUGAGGACUUUGUAAACAGCUGGUUCCAGACAAAGAUUCGUCCGUUUCUGGCCUCUCCAUCCCCCAACUUCCUAUUCUGCCUAAGCUCCAAGAACUUGAGCUGCAAGACGUACCAGACUGUCAUCCAGGCAUUCAACAGCCAAAAGGCAUUCAUGGAAAGAGAAAGAAAGUCAGCAGUCUUCACUCAUUUCAUCAAGCCCUUCCUUUCAAGAAAUGACUCAUCAGAUCCUGGCUGUGUCUCAUUGAUCAACGGUAGUGGAGAGUGGGUACAGGUAAACUUUGGCAGCUUCUCUCGUUUCGCAACCCUGCAGGAUCUGCAAGCCCUCAAUGCCAACUUUUCCAUUGCGCAGGUUGAAGAUCUUCUCACUCUCGGACAGCUGGCCCAGCACGCAGCAACUCCCUCACAACUGAAGACAACGCAAGAGGUGGAAGAAAUCAUGACAGCCAUCGAUCCUGUUGACUUUGGUGCUUUCUUUGACAUAGUCUCACCAGUAAUUGAGAUGCACCCAGACAACUACACAGUGGAGGUGAAAUCUGCCUUCCUCCAGGCAGUGUUUGACAGAGGAAAUCUGUCCUCUCCAGCCAUCAAUGACACAGAGUUCUUCCUGUGGCUCAAAGUUCGACUGAGCCCUCUCCUGGUUAACCUCUCUCCCGGCUUGGUGACACCUUUAUUCAACAUUGUGAACAAGAGGAGUUGUAACAGCAGCCAAGAGAUGAUUACAUUGCUGGACAAACAACGCUCGACACUCAGCAACAACACCCAACAGGAGAUCUACAAAAGAACCCUCCUCUUCCUCCAAGAUUCAAAGCCCCUCAAGUGUUACAGUGGUGGAAGCUUCUACAUCUAUCUGAGAAGCACUUUCCUCAGGUUUGGUUUUCCAAAUGUGUCCACGUUCAUAUCACUUCUGCCAGAGACACGCGAGUCAGAGCUUCUAAGUACCAUCAGCACUUCAGAGCUACAUCAGUUCCUCAUCCAACCCAAUGCCAUUGGAAACAAAUCUGACAUCUGUGUCAUCUUCAACAACUACAACAACACUCCUGCCUUCCUAGAAACUGAGGACGUUCCAGAUGAUGUGAAGAUGGUGAUCCUUCCCUGUGUUUGGCCUUUGGCGCUGAGCAGCAUCAACAGAUCCGAGGUUGAUUCCUGGUUCGACCUGCGGUUGACAAACUAUCUCAGAUUCCUCACCAAGAGCCUCAUCAGCCCCAACGAAGUGCAGAAUGCUUCAUGUCUAGCCUUCCAGAAACUGGUCUCUGUAAUGGGAAAUAACUUCACAUACAACUCUGAGUUUGGACAGAGCGAUGUAUACACCACCAUCAGCACCUACUUGGGAUCCGGCUCUGAACCCAGAUGCUACAACGCCAGUGAUGCAGAACUAAAUUCUACUGCUUGGUUUGUCAAUUACAUUGGGGACUUUGUGCCAUUCAUGACUGUGGAGGAUCUCACCACCUUCAUCUCCACCAGUCAAGCUAAAGUGUUCUUGGUGGACCAAGCCAACAUGGAGCUCUUUAACAACACAGAAAUCCAAGAAGAUGUAACAGACUACUACAUCUUUGAGCUUUUUGAAUUCGACCCAACCUUGAGCCCUCUGAAGGUUCCAGGCCUUUUCCUAUGCUCUUCUGAUGUCCCAAGUGUGGCAUAUUCUUCUUUGAAUGAAUCUGAUACCACACUCAUCUUGAAUGAUCUGGCAGCAUUCUGCAAUGGAACAGAGGAUCCUGAGGUGGCUGCUGCUCUGGCAUCCAACAUCCCGACCUUCACAGCAACAACGUUUGCGACCCUGGGCAGUGCCACCGCAGGUCUGACCAACGGCCAGAUCUCUUCAGUUCCUCCGUCAGUGCUGAUUUCCUCUUUGGCCACCCUGGGGGAAGUCAGCUCCUGGAACCAGGAGCAGUCCACCACAAUCAUCCAAGCCAUGACUGCCUCAGGCUUCAUGAUCAACAAUGCAUCCGCCCUGAUAUCUCUCGGCACACUGAUUGCUGGAGUUCCUGCAGCGUCAAUUGAAGCAAUCCCAGCGUCUGAGCUAUCCGCCGUCUCCCAGAGCAGCACCUUUGUUUCCAACAUGCUGACAGCCACCACAGUCGUCCAAGAGACCUUCGUCCAAAAGAUCAUUUCUCUGAACUCAAGUGCAACCAGCGUGGUGCAGAAUAUCCCUGAUGCUAUGGCAACUAAGAUUCCAUCGUCCCUGCUGGUAUUCUCUACGGACACUUUGAACAUCAGUGCGAUUAACAAAAAGGAAUGGACAAGCGAUCAGGCCGCAAUGUUUUUUGGAGGAUUGGAUGGAACAGACUUAAACACCGAAGAGCUUAGUCCGUCUGUUCUGCAAGGCUUCACGUGCACAUCAGUUCACAGAAUGGGUAAAAAUAGGAUCCGGGGGAUGGUCCGUGCCUGUAGGCCGAGGAAAGGCAGGAAGAAGGUGGAGCUGAAAGAAUCACAGCUUAUGUGCAUGUCCAACCUGAUCAAAGAAGACCUCUCCCAGAACUUCACAGAGUAUCCCUCAGACAUGCUUCUCUUCAUUAACAGCAAAGAUGUUAACAGUGCCAACUGCAGGUCAUACUUUACCGCAGUGGGUACUGCAGACUUCUCUGUGGCCUCCUCCGUUUUGAACAAGGCCUCGCUGCUACUCAAUGAAGCCAGGACCUGCUUGGGUAUAAGUGGUGUGAAUCUGAGCAGAGGCAAUGUGGAGGUCAUAGGGAACAUGGCCUGCACUCUGGACGGUUCUUACAUCCAGAACGCUGAUCAUCUAAUUCUGGAAAAACUCAAAGCCUGCAAGGACUUGUCUGACAGCCAGGUGGCUGCCAUAGAGACGGUGCUGAUGUCUGGGAAAACAAAAUACGGGAAGGUCCGCACCUGGAAAAAGAAAACACUGAAGGAUCUUGGUAGCCUGCCUCUAUAUUUUACCAGAAACAUAUGGGGCCAGCUCAAAGCAGGAACAAAGAAAAGGUUCCUGAAAACCUUUAUGCCCCAACUGAGGAACAAAAAGACAAAGAAGAACAAGCUCAAGAGGCUGUUUCAACAGUGCAGCUCUUUCAGGCUGAAAAGAGGAGCAGGCUGCACUGUGGGCAACAUAACCCAGGUGACCGUCGGCGACAAUUCCUUCCCCUUUGGCUACGAUCAGACGCAAUUUGACCUCUGCCUAGACAUCUCUUUCCUGAAGGACAACAUCAACUCUAUCUGCACCAAAGUGGACGACAAUGACUUCCAGAAAAUCAUUCUGAAGAAGCUCAACCAGGCAUUCCCAUCGGGUGUUUCCGAUGAGCAAGUCCAGUCGCUCGCCUCAGUGUCUCGUGUGGCAUCACUUGAAGACAUCUCCAAGUGGAACGUCACCAAAGUUGACACCUUGGCAGCACUCAUGAAAGCUGAUGAUGGAUCAUGGGAGACAGCAAAGAGCAAAGCAAUCAUCACCAAGUAUCUGAACACUUCUGGGAACUCCCUGGGAAGCAUUGAGUUAAACAAUAUUGACUCCAACCUGUGCUCGCUAGACACCAGUACACUGAGGACCAUCACCCCAGAUAGUAUGAGAAGUGCCAAACCACUGAAUGUGACAUCAUGUUCAUCGGAGCAGAAGAAAGUCCUGUAUGACAUCAGUAAUACGUCCUUCAGCUCACAGCAUCCCGGCUAUUACAAUUUGAUAACUCCCUAUCUAGGUGGGGCACCUCUGACAGAUGUACGAGCACUGUCAAACCUGAACAUCAGCAUGAGCGUCGACAUUUUCCAGAGUCUGGAUUCUAACGUGAUCACCGAUUUGACUGUGAACAAUGUGAAAAGCCUCAUGGGUACCCAUCUACAAGAUCUGAAGACGUUCGAGAACGCUACCAUAGUUCAGUCCUGGAUAAACAACCAAACGCAAGCAGACCUGGACACAUUGGGUGUGGGCCUAACCAGCGACAAAACCAACACGACCACUUCCAGCCCUAGCAGCAGCACAAAUGCUGUCACAACCGCUGCCGCCAGCACUGCCGCCAGCACUGCCGCCAGCACUGCCGCCAGCACUGCCGCAAGCACUGCCGCCAGCACUGCCGCCAGCACUGCCGCAAGCACUGCCGCCAGCACUGCCGCAAGCACUGCCGCCAGCACUGCCGCAACCGCUGCAACCGCUGCAACCGCUGCAACCGCUGCAACCGCUGCAACCGCUGCAACCGCUGCAACCGCUGCAACAUCAGCUGGAACCAACACAGAAGCACAGCUUGGAAGAUACCUAACAUCCAUAUGUGUGGCAGCUCUGCUGACAACUCUGCUGCAAAUUCUCCAACAACCAGUCUAAAUAGACUAGUGAUUUCCUAAUCAUAUUAAUAACUAAUCAGUAACUAUUCAAUUAUUUUUUUUUAAUAAUGCUAACAUCUUGGAUGUGUGAUUCAUGCACCUGUUAUUUAUCAAUGCCUCAAGAAAAUUGUUUUAUUGCAACUGUUUAACCUCUGCUUCAGUCUAUCCCUUCAUGUUGUAAAACUAUGUAAUUAAACAAUGACAGUAAUUAGUUUUGUUUUAAAUGGUGAUCUGGAUUAUAAUCUGGGAUUUAUUUUAAUUAAGCACUGUCAAUAAUAACAUGUAUGUUCCAUUUUUAUGAAUUUAAAAUGAAUCUUAAUUUAACUGUAUUAUAUAUUAUUACAAGUUAAAC